GACCCUUCCUGGCAAGAUGAGUCCCACCAGCUUCUUCCUCCUUACAUUGCUUCUCGUUCUGGUGACAGAAGCAGCCUCAAGAAGGCCCCGUGAAAAAUUCUCGCAAUCAGCUGAAGAAUAUUCUAGUGAAAGUUCUGAAGCAAAAAGUCCAAAAAGUGUCAUCCAUGAGGAGGUCUAUGAGGAAAAGAAGUUUAAAGAAAAUGUGGCCAACGGCGAUGAUGGUGACGACAGAAGGAGUCUAUCUGCAGGUGAAAUAGAGCGGUCUUACACACGGAAAAAGGAAAAGCAACGGUUUGCACAAGAAAUGGCUAAAUAAAAUGUCUACAAAGAAACUGAAGACCUGGACAGAAAUGAUGGAGUCACACAGUGUCAAUGAAGCUCCUCAUGUCUGCAGGAUGGAGACUCCUGUGAGGUCCCAGACAUGGUUCAUGGAUUUCAUUUACUUCUCAAACUUGCUUUUGAGAUUCCUAAACCCGAUGUUUAUAAAAAAUAUCUUUUUUUCCAAUAAAAAGACAACAUUUUGCAUC